CCCGAGCACGCGAGGCCGGCGCGCGCUCCCCGGGAUCCCGAGCGCGCGCCUGACAGCCCUUUCUCUGGCGGCGCGCGACGUUGCUAGGCCUGCUAUGGCCCCCGACCCGUUGGCUGCCGAGACCCCAGCCCAGAGGCCCUCCCCGCGCUACUUCACCUGGGAAGAGGUGGCGCAGCGCUCCGGCCGUGAAAAAGAGCGGUGGCUUGUGAUCGACCGGAAGGUGUACAACAUCAGCGAGUUCACCCGCCGGCACCCCGGGGGCUCCCGGGUCAUCAGCCACUACGCCGGGCAGGAUGCCACGGAUCCCUUUGUGGCCUUCCACAUCAACAAGGGCCUUGUGAGGAAGUAUAUGAACUCUCUCCUGAUUGGAGAACUGUCUCCGGAGCAACCCAGCUUUGAGCCCACCAAAAACUAUUGGGCUGCAGCUGGAAUUACAGCCCCUCACCCCCCACUCCCCCAGAAAGAGCUGACUGAUGAGUUCCGGGAGCUACGGGCCACAGUGGAGCGGAUGGGGCUCAUGAAGGCCAACCAUGUGUUCUUCCUGCUGUACCUGUUGCAUAUCCUGCUGAUGGAUGUCGCUGCCUGGCUCACUCUCUGGGUCUUUGGGACAUCCUUAGUGCCCUUCCUCCUGUGUGCGGUGCUGCUCAGUGCAGUUCAGGCCCAGGCUGGCUGGCUACAGCAUGACUUUGGACACUUGUCAGUCUUUAGCACUUCUACAUGGAACCACCUGCUACAUCACUUUGUGAUUGGCCAUCUGAAGGGCGCCCCUGCCAGCUGGUGGAAUCACAUGCAUUUCCAGCACCAUGCCAAGCCCAACUGCUUCCGCAAAGACCCAGACAUCAACAUGCAUCCCUUCUUCUUUGCCUUGGGAAAGAUCCUCUCUGUAGAGCUGGGGAAACAGAAGAAGAAGUACAUGCCAUACAACCACCAGCACAAAUACUUUUUUCUGAUUGGGCCCCCAGCCUUGCUGCCUCUCUACUUCCAGUGGUAUAUUUUCUAUUUUGUUGUCCAGCGGAAGAAGUGGGUGGACUUGGCCUGGAUGGUCACCUUCUACAUCCGCAUCUUCCUCACUUAUGUGCCACUGUUGGGGCUGAAAGGCUUCCUGGGCCUCUUCUUCAUGGUCAGAUUCCUAGAAAGCAACUGGUUUGUGUGGGUGACACAGAUGAACCACAUCCCCAUGCACAUUGAUCAUGAUCACAACAAGGACUGGGUCUCCACACAGCUCCAGGCAACAUGCAAUGUCCACAAGUCUGCCUUCAAUGACUGGUUCAGUGGACACCUCAACUUCCAGAUUGAGCACCAUCUUUUCCCCACAAUGCCCCGACACAAUUACCACAAAGUGGCUCCUCUGGUGCAGUCCCUGUGUGCGAAACAUGGCAUAGAAUACCAGUCCAAGCCCUUGCUCUCAGCCUUCGCCGACAUUGUCCACUCACUGAAGGAGUCGGGGCAGCUCUGGCUAGAUGCCUAUCUUCACCAGUAGCAACAAUUGCCUCAUGCAGUCUGGAAGAAGAGUCUGGAGCCAAAGCAGAGGGGAGUUUGAGGGACAAUGCCACUACAGUUCUAAUAUUCAGAAGAGGGUGGGGUUGAGGACAUAAAGGAUCUGACUCAAAUCCCUCCCCUUUAUCUUCUAAACACAGCUAUAAGACCCAAAAGGGGGUUGGGGGGACACUCAAACCACCCCCAAAUGAAGGAAUAAGAUUUGGGGGCAGAGAUGUGAGAUGUUUGUUGUUUUCUUUCUCUAGUUUGGCACAUGCAGACGGUUGAUAAGUAAAGAGGGAACCAAGAGGGUAUUAGAAGAGGGGGUACUUACCAAGCUAAGUCAGGAAGAUUUAGUACUAAAAUUCCACUCAUAUAAAGGGUAAGCUCAUCUCACUACUCCAUUUCUCAGUGCCUUCUCCAUCCUCACUUGUAAACCUUACAGGGAUAGAGCAGCUGACCCUUUUGAGGAAGAUUUAUAAAGGAAUCAUUAAUGCUUAGAAUUCUUAGAUCUGGUGCAAUUCAGUGCCUGGGAGCUCAGCUCACUACCCAGAGCCAGGUGUAGCCUACAUCUGCCUCAGGCUGCUAGGGAAAGCCUUUUUCUAAGGGGAGCCUUAGAAACAGGCAGGGCAAAGGCCAGGACUAUGGAAUAGGAGACAUUUGGCCCUGACAAUCCUGGCAGCACUGAUUUUGGUCUCAUGUUCCAUCCAGGGUCUAAAAGUAACAUGGGUCUUAGCGCUUCUCCAAGCAGAUGGUCGAGUUACUGGCCAUUAAACAUCCCUUCUCUUUUGAUUUGCGUCUUCCUCUGCUCUCCUAAGCACCUCUGAAGGAAAAGAACACUCCCAGGAUUGGAAGUCUACUUCCUGUUCCACAAUCAAGUGAGCAGAUCAGGCAAUUUAAGUCUUUUAUCCUCCCUAGAAACAAGUGGGGCUACCAGAGUUUUCCCUUGGUUUCCCAACCUGUAAUUUUAAGUUUAAUAAAACAGCAACGAGUACCACAAGUGACCAAAUUGGGGAGAUACUAAUUUCCAGUCUUGAGGAAAGAUGUAAGCUUCAGUUGUAAAGAUGAUAGAAGCUAUAAGCAGCAGCUUUCUAUAUUCUAAAUUUAUGGUAAUAGUAUUAUUUUUGAACAGGAGUGGUUAUAUAUAGUCUAAAACAAAUAGGAAAAGUUUGUGAUCAUCACUGUGAUAGCCAGGAACCACUCUGUCUACUUUUGUUAAGUAUCUCAUUCUUCUUGGAGACCAGAUAGGAUUUUAGGAUCUCUUACAAAGCACAUCAGUCUAAUACUGAAAACAACUUUUAAACUUUCUGGAUUUUAAAUGAUAAAGUAGUUUAAUCCAUCUCUCCAGAGAGCAAACAUAGGAAUAUGUCCCAGGAACCUUGACUUAACUCUUAGAAUUUACCAUUAACAUCUUCCCUCCCUAAUCCCAUAGCCUGCCAGUCCAGGGAGGGGAUUCUUUAUUUGCCUAUUCAACAACAUCUACUCUAAAUACUGACCAUUUUGGAAAUAGGAAAAAGAGAGCCUCGAACUAGAAGGAAAAAGUAGAACUCACAUUUAAUGUUGAAAAGGAACAGCAGAGAUGAGGGUCCUAUGGCAUGUCAGGGUAGGGCUAGAGGCAUCAACUAUAAAGUUUUUAAGAUUACUUAAAGGUUUGUCAGAACAAAGAAAGGAAAAUAUAGUUGGAGGAAAAAUGGAUGCAGAAGAGUUGAGCUCUUUUCUAUGUGAGCAAAUGUGGUCUGGCUAGCAAACCUAGUUUAAAACAGUCAGAAGGAGGAUUGAAGAGUUUAUUUUCAUUGGCUUCAUCACUCUAGAACAGGUGCUAAUCUUUCCCUCCUCCUCUGUUCCUGACAUCUAACGUGUGGGUGUAGUGUCACUAGUCUGUCAAACCUAACAGUGUGAGGCCCAGGUUACCCAAUUUGAGCAAACACACGUGAAGCUCUACUGAGCCAAGACCAGGUACUCAAAGCACCUGAACCACUUCAGCCUUCUCGCCUCAGCCUAUAUCCGUGUGGCCUCUCACAGAGCCACAGAGAAACACAUCAAUGACAAAAAGCUGAGACCGUUGCAGUGGUAAAUGAGUGAUCUCAAAUCCACUGACAGAUAAGAAAAUAGACUUAAAAAGGAAGUCACCUCUAGGCACGAAGAUCUCAACUCACUUUUUAAAAACUCCAACUUCUACAUUUAAUCUUUGUUACUUUGAUCUUUCUACAACCUGGCCAGAGGCAUAUUCUUUAAUCACACUUGAUAUCAAUAUCCUUUUUGUGUGUGCCAAUUUUGUUACCACAUCCUAGUGAAAUAAAGCUAAAAAAUAAAAGUUAAUUUGACCAACUGAA